CACUGCGCGUCCUACGGCCAUUUUACAAAGCCGACGUCGACAGUGUAUGUUACAGGUUGUUAUACGGUAUCAAUCGGUUCUUCUCGAAUAUUCUACGUUUUAAUCUAAUACAUUACUCGCGAAAUAUUCUUUACAGUUUUUCCAUCCAGCUUGUGAGUAACAAUGUCUCGCGACCGGUACCGUAACCACGGAGGAUUCCAGUAUCGUGGCCGCGGAGGAGUUGGGAUGCGCGGCGGAAUGGGAAACAACAACUUUCGGAAUCAAGGCCCGCAACCUUAUCAGAACCGAGGGCCCCAGAUGGGCGGCGGAUUUAAGGCGAAUCUGGGAAACCAGCCGAAUCGGGGGAACCUACCGAGUCAGGUCUCUACGCCACAGAAACCUCAGGAAUCCGCCCAGAAUAAGCCUGUGAUUCAGUCACCUCAAGCGCAAGGCCCUGGUCUUGCUCAACAGGGCAACAACAAAGGCCCGACGGCACCGCAGACUGCAAUCGUCAACAAAGGUCCGACGGCACCGCAGACUGCAAUCGUCAACAAAGGUCCGACGACACCGCAGACUGCAAUCACCAACAAAGGUCCGACGGCACCGCAGACUGCCAUCGCCAAUAAAGGGCCGACGGCACCGCAGACUGCCAUCGCCAAUAAAGGUCCGACGGCACUGCAGACUGCUAUCGCCAAUAAAGGCCCGACGGCACCGCAGACUGCCAUCGCCAAUAAAGGCCCGACGGCACCGCAGACUGCCAUCGCCACUCUGCCGAAGAUCCAGUCUCCGCAGCCACAAAAUACUUCCGCCAUGAAGAGCCCAGACCUCGGUUCCCCACAGAGCCAGCCCGAUAAGUAUCAACUCAAAGGUGGGAUGGGGAAUGGUCAGAAAUCGCCUUUCCCUUCUAAGAAAGAGUCGGAGCAGACACCGCAACAACAUACCCCAGAGAAAGUAGACGUCUCUCAGACGCAGGAAUUUAAAGCAACUCUUUCUUUGCUGCGCAAACCUGGAGAGAAGACCUACACUCAACGUUGCCGUCUGUUUAUUGGGAACCUGCCUAAUGACAUCACUGAAACUGAAUUCAGGAAACUGUUUGCGAAGUAUGGGGAACCCAGUGAGAUUUUCAUCAAUCAUGGCAAAGGUUUUGGCUUCAUCAGACUGGAAUCUCGUGCCUUGGCUGAGAUUGCAAAAGCUGAGCUGGAUGAUAUUCCAAUGAAAGGCAGACCACUCAGAGUUCGCUUUGCCACUCACUCUGCUGCGCUGUCUGUGCGCAACCUCUCUCCCUUUGUCUCCAACGAGCUUCUGGAAGAGGCCUUCUCCCAGUUUGGAUUGGUGGAAAGAGCUGUCGUGAUCGUUGAUGACCGCGGGCGCUCAACGGGGAAAGGCAUUGUUGAGUUUUCUUCAAGACCCGCUGCACGAAAGGCUAUUGAUCGUUGUAAUGAUGGAGUUUUCCUUCUUACAUCGUCACCCCGGCCGGUUGUUGUUGAAUUGUUAGAACAGUACGAUACUGACGAUGGUUUGCCAGAGAAGCUUGCGCAGAAGAACCCCAAUUAUCAGAAGGAGCGAGAGCAGCCUCCUCGGUUUGCCCGUCCUGGCACCUUCGAGUUUGAAUACUCCCAGCAGUGGAAGUCCCUUGAUGAGAUGGAGAAACAGCAGCGGCAGCAAGUGGAAAAGAACAUUCAUGAGGCCCGUGAGAAGCUGGAGACAGAAAUGGACGAUGCCUAUCAUGAGCAUCAAGCAAAUUUGCUUAGACAGGAUCUUCUUAGACGUCAAGAGGAACUCCGGCGGAUGGAAGAGUUGCAUAGUCAGGAGAUGCAGAAACGUAAAGAGAUGCAGCUCAGGCAAGAGGAGGAACGCCGUAGUAGAGAGGAGGAGAUGAUGCGCCAGAGGGAGAUGGAGGAACAGAUGAGGCGCAAGCGUGAGGAGUCAUACAGAAUGGGCAAUUUCAUGGAUAAUAGGGACAGGGAGAUGAGAAUGAAUUCUGGUGGAGGCAUGGGAUUGGCAGAUAUGCCUUUUGGGUCACCUGGCCAGAAGUUCCCAUUGUCAGGGAUGAAUUUCGAUACACAUCAGGGAUUGGGGGGAUCAACAUCUGGGGGCAUGACGCCCAACGAAAUGCGCAAUGAGCGUUUCCCACAAGGUGGCCCAAGGGGCAUGGGUGCUGGAAACCCAGGAUUUGGCAGGGUCCGUGAGGAAUUUGAUGGACCUGCCAAGAAGCCACGCUUCUGAUCUGGCACUUUAAAAGCAGAGUUUGUAUGCGGAAUUCCAGAAGCUCGGCUCUGGAGUCAGAAUUUAUGUAUUUAAGUUUAAAGAAUUUUCUUGCAAUUUUAGCGUGAAGACAUCCCUAUUGUGGCAAGAUUUUUUUUCUUCCCAUUUUUAUUUUGUAUUCUUAAUAGGUUUAAUAGUAAAACAGCUCACAAAGUCAGCACUGGCUUAGUGCUACCAAUAUGUUAUCUCCUUUCCUACUACUCUAUAUCUUGUCAUGUUACUUGUGUUAUACUGGUGAAUAUUGUAAGUUGUUCUGAUCUUUCUAUGGCUGUGUUCAAUGCCAUUCACAUUUGAAGUAAUACAUGUACAUUUUCAAUAAAGUGUAAAGUUGGUUCUCCCAAAUCCAA